AUGGGAGGUUCAUUAAACCGUCCAAUGGUGAACGAUGCCUACAACAAUGGCAACGACGGUUUCUACAAUGCAUCACCUCAGACACAGACUCCUGUAACUCAUCGUAGAAGAUCUCACCACCUCACACCCUAUGAAAUUCGUAUGAUGAAAAAUGUACAGAGUUUAGACUUUACCGUAAAUGAUAAUCUAUUACUAAGAGAAGAUCUAGAAAAUAAAACAAGAAUAAAACACUUAAAGAAAACACUAGGAAUCAAUUUGUUAUAUGCUACGAUAUCGAUUUUGUUGGUGAUUGUUGCCGGUCCGAUGGCAAGUAGCUCUGGUAUUCCAGAGGUAAAAGGUUACCUGAACGGUGUCAAAGUUCCAAAUUCACUGGGAUUCAAAUCGUUGUUUGGAAAGAUCUUCUCGUUGAUCAUGUCCUAUUCGAGUGGUCUCUUUGUUGGUCCGGAAGGCCCGAUGAUUCACAUCGGUUCGGCAAUCGGUGCUGCCGUCAGUCAGUUCCGUUCGUCCACCUUUGAAUUCUACCCAAAGCUGUUCCUGCAGUAUCAGAACGAUCGAGAUAAGCGUGAUUUCAUAUCGGUGGGCGCUGCCUCUGGUAUUUCCGCUGCUUUCGGUGCACCGAUCGGUGGUGUUCUCUUCUCGAUCGAAGAGGCAUCGUCGUUCUGGAGUCGUCAACUGACAUGGCGUACCUUCUUCUGUUGUAUGAUCGCUACUUUUACGACCAACUUUUUGCUACAAGGUUUCGGAACGUCGCCAGACAUGCACGACACUGGUUUGUUGACAUUUGGAUUCUCGCGACUCUAUCUCUACCGCUAUUCAGAGCUGUUGUGCUUCUGCAUCCUCGGUGUUCUCGGUGGUGCAUUCGGUGCACUCUUUGUAUUCCUAAACAUUCAUCUCAACAAAUGGCGUAGAGAUUACCUCAAAAAGAAUAUAUCACUCCGUUCAAUUGAAGCGAUCGUCGUUAUGGUCAUCACCUCUGUCAUUUGUUUCUACUCACCAUCGAUAUUCCCAUGUCGUUAUCAAUCGAACAUCCAAGUUGAACCAUCUGUCUGUGAAGAUCAAACCAAUGCUCAAAUGGAACAAUUCUUUUGUCCUCCUGGAAUGUAUAGUGAGAUGGCAUCAUUGUUAUUUGUAAAUCCAGAUUUAGCAUUGAGAAGAUUGUAUUCUCGUACCAAUAACUCAUUCACGCUUGGUGUACUUUUGGUGUUCACCUGUAUUUAUUUCUUCCUCUCGGUGAUUACCAGUGGUCUUUGGGUUGCCGGUGGUCUUUUCGUACCGAUGAUGAUGGUCGGUGCUGGAUUCGGUAGAUUCGUUGGUCAAGUGGUCGGACUAUGGUUCGAAGGUAUCGAUGCCUCUAUUUAUGCGCUGGUUGGAACGGCCGCUAUGAUGGCUGGCUACUGCAGAAUGACUAUUUCACUGGUGGUUAUUAUGGUCGAGUUGACCGAAGGAACGCAAUAUCUGGUGCCUAUCAUUCUAGCGGUUAUGAUUGCCAAGUGGGUAGGAGACUUCUUCAACGAAUCGAUCUUCUAUCGUGGACAAAACGGUGAAAUCAUUUUAGACGAUAACUUUAGACAUCAGAAAUUCAUCGAAGAGACCUCAAAGAAAGUACCAAAACUAGAAGAUUUUGAUUUCAACAAAUAUGAAGAAGAAAAACUAGUUGAUUUAAGACCAUAUAUGAAUAGCUCUAGUAUUACUAUUCAUGAUACAUUCUCAUUCAGUGAAUGUUAUAAAUUAUUUAGAACUAUGGGAUUAAGGCAUUUAACUGUUAUUUGA